AGAUUCCCGACCCGAAGCUACGACAAGCUUUUCAAUGGAGAUUGUUUUAUGCCGCAAGAAGUUCGGCUAUUGCUUUACGACCAAGAAAAUCUCAUUUGUUUAUUUUUAAUUCUGAAAUCACAACUUGAUCUUGAACUUACACCAGUCUGUCACGCGACCGUCUGUUCUAGAGACCAGAUAUUACCCAUCGGCGAUUAAGUAAUCUGUUCUGCUGGGACGGAACUACUCUUACCAAAUAUUCAGAAAACAGCACUCAUCCUCCUGAAAACGUAGUAAUACGUACUUAUCUUCGUACAGAAAACCUGGAUUGCGCAUGCACGGGAAGCGUCUCACGCGGCUCUUCACGAACGGUAUUCAUUUCUUUGUUUUCAAAGUUUUUUUAUUUUUUUGAAGAGACGUCCUGAUCAGUCCAAACCCGACUCUGGGCCCAAGUUUGUAGUCACGCAGGGCUCCCAAAGUGGCUUUCGCUUGAUUUGUGUGGCGGACUUUCAAUCUUUACAACUCUCAGGCGGGUACGUUUUUAAUCAGGAUAAAUAACGGAAGUACUCGUCGGCGUGUCGGAGUUGGCCAGAAGCACCACGAGCAACUACUUCUCCGCCGAGCCCCGUGAUUGAUACUUCGCCUGUACGAACUACCUGAAUCUAUUUGAUCUUGCGCCCAGCUGUAAAAAAAGGAGCGUGGAGGACCAACGGGCACAACAACUUUUGUUUAUGCAUUGCAAAUAGAAUACAUAUAUACAAUAUCGAUAUGAUAUGUCUGGGACGAGGUCUUGAAGUCGAAGCGUUCCAUUGGGAUGUGACGCGCAGCCUGGGUCACGCAUUAAGAAUCAUGUCUCCGCACGUCCUUCCCUAGUGCACGACAAUAUGAUGAUGAUGAUGAUGAUGAUGAUGCGCGGGCAGAAAAACACGAAAAGUUGUAUAGUCAUGUCCACCGUUGCACUUGCACAGUGAUUACGAACAAGGGAUUUCUUUCGAUGCAGGAUGCGCAUCAAGAAGCCUGCGCAAAACCUGCAACGCUUUCGCAUGCGUGAGGACAGGCCUCCUGGAUGAUGUACAAGCUGCAUGCCGAAUAUUUGCAGUCUUUCAGGCUCAGACAUAUUUGACGCAGUGUAUAUUGAUCAGAAGUCGACGAAGCGGAAGAUCGACAAUGAUCCCUCCAGCAACAAGGAGGAGCUGGUCGCCAGCGGAAGGACUUAGACAUGGUGCGAAGUCGGCUGAGGCAAAGACAGCAGUGGAGGCCUUUGCCCUUGCGGGGAAGACCGUGCUCACUGUGGGCACAUACCUGGUUGGUAAACCGGUACAUUACGUUUUUAAUCGCCCCUCGAGAAACGGCAAGUUUUAUGAUCGGCUAUGGACGCUGAGGCUCACGCACGAAAAUGAUAGCGCAGCCAUGCAUGUGAGUAGGGGUUUAGAUAAUGGAACCGCUUGGCCAAGAACUCGCGCCCAGGUCGCCUCUUGAGCCCUGUGGGAAGAGCGUUUUCGGCCAUUUUUCAUUUGCUAAUAUUAAAUAAGACUGCAUAUUGUAUAUUAAAAAAGCAAAACAAUAUUCUCUCUAGACAGGAGAGUGAAGCUAGAAAAGACUGCGCAAAAGUCUUUAGCAGAUAUUGAUAUUAUUGUAUCGCCAACAUGAUGCUGCUGCAUGCGACACGGACGAGGGUUACUUAUUUCACCAAUCUAGUGUGGGCAAAAUAAGUGGCACUCCACGCUUUCUAGCGCGCACAAUUUUUCGCUUUGUUUUCGCCCUGGUCGCAAAGACAAAGAUGAAGAAGAGAAGGGAAAGGCGUCACUUCCCCGUCCUCAUUGACUCUUCAUUCCUCUAUCUUGGUAUUUGCUUGUUGCCAGAGCCAUUUAGAUCGGGCCGCCGAAAUAUUUGCUUGCUUGUUUUUUAAUAGAUAAGCAGGCAUUUUGCAGCAACGUGUCCAUGGUGUCAACAUCGAGUCGGCUUCUACAAUGGAGUGGGCAGUUUUACUAGUGAAGCCAAACAAAAAGGAGAAGAGAAACAAAAGGGUGCUCGGGAACAUGAGGGCAAAGCGUGGCAGCAACUUAAACUUGCAAAUUUCGCGCUCUGUAAGUUCCCGAGAUGACUGCAAAGGCGUAGCUUUGGGGUGCUUGUUUUCCAUGGAACUCUUUGCCUCGUCUGUUUUCUCUUUCUCAUCGUUCUUGCAUCAUUUUUUCGCAGAGUUCUGCCCACCAGAAUGUUUUUACUCACCCGGGUUUGAUCAAUCUUUUAAGACCAGCGUCGCUGAAAGGGAGGUCCUCUGGCUUGUACUGUAAUUGGGAGGCCCCCUCCCGCAAAGAGGGCGCUUGUCUGACCACACUCGAUACCGCGAUCGCCGGUUCUGGGCUCUUUGGUUGUAGCCGUGCGCCAGGUGGCGGCCCUAUUGCCGUGAAGAUGUCUCGCCCACCAAGAGACUUAGUCGAAUUUCGCAGGUCUGGUCUCUGCUUUUGUUGCUUUUUCCUUUCUGACAGAUACGAGGCGAGGCUGCUCGUGGUGUCUAAAUCGUGGUGGACACCAGUCCUAGAGUAUGAACAGUAGGGUCCGCUGCGGAAAUGAGACAGACCUACCUCGCCCCAAUCGAUCGAAGCUACUGCAGUGCGACGUUUCUCGGGCCUGUUGAUGUUGUUCAUCAUUCAAACUCAGCUGCAGAUCGUAGGACCAUCACGGGGACGGAGUUCUUUUUUUUCUCUUGCAUGGCAUGGCGUAGCUGCUGAAAGUAUCAUUUUUCAAGCUUUGCCUCACCACAGAUUUCAAUUGCAUAAGCAGAACUUGUGGCGCCAGGAGCUUGUAAAGUAUUUCCGGGACGAGGGGUACACGGUUCAGAAGCUUGAGGCAAGUUUGGAGAGAAGUAAAUUUUGGGCGAAGACGGCUGGAAGAGGUAGAUUGACGCGCUGGGCUGAACUUCCGAAGAAGCAAGAGCAGUUUAAAAGGAUACAAGAUGUGUGCAACAACGAUCCAAAGGAGGCUGUGAUGGCUGUAGUUGAUGUCGUCCUGGAUGUGUUGCCCGUGGAAAUCGCGACGUUAAUAGUCAAUCAUGGAGGUCAGGUACCUCAGAACAAGAUUGAUCACUACAAGACGCAAAUGACCCGGUUGCUGGUGCACUUCGACAUCACAGACAAGAACGACUGGAGACCAAUUUUUUCUGUCGGUGAUGGUGACGCGAAGACACUCGACGACCCGACAUUGCAAGAACUUGCUCCAAAAAUCAAAGAGCGCGUCAGACUCUCCGGCUACGACGCUGAGAACGCGGAGACAAAAUACAAGCAGGCAACAAAGGCACAGAAAGAUAGAUAUUACUAUCAAAUCGGCUAUUUGUUUGUCGAGCAUGUAUUCGGACCUUACCUGAAGAUGUUGGCAGACGGCAACGGUCCUACCGAGAGCACUACAAAUCUUGAUUUUCGGCGAGCUUGGGAGAACAUAUUCCGGGCUUGUAUGCUUCGGUCUUUAAAUAGGCACUAUAUGGUAGAUACCUACAGCUACCGCCUACAGCUAGGAAGGGACAUUACGGUGUACAUGGUUCCGUACUCAGGCAGCAGAUACGAAAGUGUGGUGGACCUUUUAAACACGGACUUUUUUAAAGAAGCCGGGAAAACUUACGAUCGAAAUCCGGGAUGUGUUAGAGGCGAGACAGCUGACCACUUGAUUUGAAGAAUAUAAGUACAUGAACUGAAACUAUCAUUAUCUUGCAUCCAUAAAGGCGUGGCUUGAAAAAUGAAAAUCAAAACGAAGCCAAGAGACCCAGCCCUAAGAAUAUCCAUUAAAGCAGCGCUUCAGGCAUGGCCUUCAGAAAGCUGCUUGGAGAAAUUUCUUGAGAAGCUGACGCAACCGUAGCCGGUCCGCGGACCUUUGCUAGCAUCGUGGGGAUCAAGCACUUGGGCAAGAGCUGGGCCAAGCGAAUUCAGGCGGAAGCCGAGGCAAGCGCGCGCCAGCCUGAACUUCAGUUGGAAGUCGGGCCAGGCGUCCACCUGGAUUCAGUUGGGUGCCGGAUGAAGCGUCCACCUAAAUUCAAUUCGAAGCGAGGUCAAACAGCCUACUGAGUUCAUCUGCGCGCCCGUGUGAAUUUCAAUUGGGCGCCGGGCCAAGCGUCCGCCUCAAUUUCGAGUGGACGCCGGCUCACGGUGGACUUCGGGCCUGGCACCCACCUGGACUUCCGGUGUCCGUCGGGUCGGGUGUCAACUUGAAUUCGGGUGGGUGCCCGGUCAGGCGCUCAACAAACCUGGAUUGCUGGGGACCAUCGGAGCAAGUGUCCACCUGGUUUCAUUCCUUCGCGCAAAGGUCUCAGCGUCCACCUGAAAUUGAGGUAGACGCCGGGUCUAGGUCAAAUGAAUUAAUGUAGACGCCGGGUCAACUUCUACUUCAAGUUCACUUGGGUUUUCGUGCAGACGCCAGGCCAAGCGAACUCAGGUGGACGCCGUGUCAGCUGUCCACCUGACUUCAGCCGCUUCAGGUCGGGCUCGCGGCUGGUGUCCUGCAAACCAGACGCGGAAGUUCUAGAAGCUUCUGGCUGCUUCUUCUAACUUUGUCCGAAAUCCCGAUUUGGAAGCAAGGCUUUUAGAUCUCGAAGGCGUCAAAGCUUGAUAGGCUUCAACUGCCAUCCAAAUAAGUACCCGGAUGACAGCUUUGUAAAAAUUUUGCAGUGGCGGAGGUUUGGCAAAAUUUGGUAUUAUAUAUACACUGUGCAAGCGGAUGGCAGCCGAUGGCCGGUUUGCGGCCUGCGAGGCUUAGAGUGUCGUUUCGAUUGAUGGGUUGAGUUGCAGCCGGCCCGAUUGCUUCGGCGAAUUUUUCAAGACUUGGCCUCGAUAAUUGCCGUAGCGAUCGCGGUCUGGUAGCGCUGGAGGGUUUUUACUUGCCCAUUGUGUCCGUUAAUAUAUGAGGCGCAUGCCCUCGUUAAAUGAAGCUGACACGAAUGCGUCUCUCCCAGAAUUUUUUCGACUACAAUGCGUAGGACCGUAAAAAUACUGAGUGGGAAGCUCCGGCUGCAGCAAGGCCAUCGAGGAAUCAACCGCAAACCUUCUGGAAGAAUGAAGGGGAAGGGGACAGAAGCAGACAAAUACAAAAGAAAUGCACUGUUUCUCCAGUAGGAAGGCGGAAGAAUGUGAUCGCAGUUUUUCUUUCAAAGGCAACCAGAAAGUCGAACAAUCUCAUCUUUGCAUGUAUCUUCGCGUGGGAUUCGCGCCUGCGUACCCCACGGGUCAAAUGUGUUCAAGCCAAUCACACAUCCUGGUUUUGUAAUCACACUACGGAUCAUCCCUCUAUCCGAGGCCGAACGGGAUAUACACUACCGAGCGACUUUACGGGCCUCGCGGACUAUGUUAGAAUGCUCGCCAACCCCCGCCAGAACGGCGGCCCUAACGACCUGUUCUGCUACAAAAAUGCAAGGCAGCCUCUCCAACAGUACAAUGCAGACCGCCAAAAAAACUAUAACAAGCUUAAAUCACAAAGCGACAAAUCGACCACGAAGACGGACAAGGAAGCGCUGCGCCACUCGCUAUUUCGUGACAAUGAGAAACACGUUCUCACCGCGGUUGUACUGGACCUGCAGAACAAGAUGCAAGCCAUCGAAGAGUUGGUGGAAAGUGAACUCGGCCCCUUGCUUGAACAAAUCUCAGACCCGUUCUCCCGGCUGCGCUGGAUUGAAGACGAGAUCCGACGCUUUGAGCAGUUCUCAUCCCCCGAGGAGGGAAGGUUACGGAGUUCUUCGUCAUUUUUGGAAGGUGCGGCCCCCUUUGUGCAUCCUCUGUCCGGUCGCGGUCCCGAAGAUGGCGGUUCCACGACCUUUAUCCACUGCAAAUAUGCCUGGACCGGGAAUGUACAGCUGCUUCGUGCUGCUGGAUCUUGCAUGAGAGAUGGGUUUGUUUUUUAUACAUAUACGGCAGGAGGAAGAGGGCGAACGGAUAACAAGAAGUAUUUGUAGCUCUAUUUAUGGAUUCGAUCGAAGGAAUAUAAGGAAUAAUCAAGUGGCUCCACCAUCCACGCAUGACGAAAAAAUGCACGUUUUCUCUUCAUACCUUGCGGAUGUUUCCGUCGUAGAAAGCUACAACCUUCGUCGCAUUCAUCACAGAGCCAGUGUAAGAUUUGCACUCCAUGCUGCCUGUUGGUGACAACCCGCCUGCUUCAGCACCGUCUGGGCAGGUUAGUGGCACGGAAAACCAGAUCGAUGCGACGACGAAAGAUUCUGCUCCCUUUGGCACAGGCCCCGCCGAAGACGGGAUGAAGCAGCGCAUCGAGGAGGCACAAGCGGAGGGACGCAGCUCAGCAUCCUCAACUUCCUCAUCAUCCGAAAGUAAGAAAAAAGCGCGCUCCGAAGAAGAUUUGCAGGGCCCGGCGCACGACUACCACGACUUGCGAGCUUUUGUGCACCUGUACCCCUGGACCAUUGUGUUUGGAAUCUUGGCCCAGAACACUGUCGUGAUGCUCAUGUGGCUUGCCUGGUAUUUGGGAUUCUUUCGCCGUUGCUUCUUUCGGUGCCAGCGCCUGAUGGGGGGUCAGAAAAAGAAGGACGCGAAUGCAACAGGGGGUCAGAAAAUGAAGGACGCGAAUGCAACAGGAAAGAAGAAGCAGCGACGUGGCCGCGCCGGAAAGAAAAAUGGCGGCACGGAAAAAUUUCCCCGUGUCUUGACUUCUUCGAAGGCGAAGACGCUGGCAGCAGGUGAGGUGUUUGUUGAUGCGACGGCAGAGCCGACUUGGAGCAAAAAGAGCGAGGAUCCCUGCUCAACGAAAAUCGAAGACCCGUGCGUUGCUGACGGACCACUCGAGGAGGCCAGUGCUGAUGUGCUUUCGUCUUCUGAUGGCGAUGCUGAUGAAGAUUACGGCGACGCGUCCUCGACUUGUUCAUCUUCUGCAACGAGCCAGUCCGAUACAGGUGGCGACGGAGGACCUUGUUCCGUCGUGGCGCCCCAACCAACCUUGCUGAGUGGGCAGCUACAGGAGAACGAUGCUGCAGGCCAUGGAGGUGUCGCUGUCGCGCACGGGGGAGCCAGCGCUUCCAGCAGUCGUGAAGGCGACGAUGGCAUCAUGGAGGAAGAUCGCAUUGCGGAAAGCCGUGCGCGCGUACUGCAUGCGAAAACCGCCUCGCUUUUCGAGUUCGUGUUCAGUUUGACAGAAAGCGAGGUGGAGGUCUUUCAGAACGACGGGGAGGAUCACUAA